AUGGCGGACGCGGAGGCCGAGGCGGCGGCGCGGCCGGAGGUGUCGCGGGUGGUGCCGGCGCUCCGCGCUCGCCUCUGGCAGCUGCAGACGGAGCUGCGCGAGCAGGAGGUGUCGGAGGCCUCUUCCCGAGCCUACUGCCGGGGCUUCUGCCAGACACUGCUCCAGUAUGCUGGCAGUCGGGGUGCAUCAGAACAUAUUUUACCUUUUUUGGAAGUGUAUCGAAUCUCCAUCCAAAGCUUUGCUAAUGCAAGACCUUACUUGACUACAGAAUGCGAAGAUGUUCUUUUGGUACUUGGCAGGCUAGUGCUGAGUUGUUUUGAGCUACUGCUUUCAAUUCCUGAAAGUGAAUUGCCACAUGAGGUGUGGUUAGGAUUCCACCAAUCCAUUCAGGAUUCACAUGAUGCUUUACUGGAAUUUGGGAAUAACAACCUCCAAAUAUUGGUGGAUAUCACAAGGGAAGGGGUAUGGAAAAAUCCAGUUCUUCUUAAAAUUCUGUCCCAGCAACCUGUAGAAACUGAGGAAGCUAAUAAAUUGAUUACACGAGAAGGGCCUUCCUUUCUGCAGAUGCGAAUAAAACAUUUGAUGAAGUCCAACUGCAUCCCCCAAGCCACUUCCUUGUCAAAACUGUGUGCAGAUUCUCCAGAAAUUGCAAAUGUUUCAUCGUUUCGCCAAGCCUACAUCACAUGUGUGUGUUCAAUGCUGCCUAAUGAAGACUCCAUUAAGGAGAUUGCAAAGGUGGAUUGCAAAGAGGUACUAGACAUCAUAUGUAACCUGGAAUCUGAGGGACAAGAAAAUACUGCAUUUAUUCUUUGUACAACAUAUCUUACCCAUCAGCUUCAAACAGCAAAUGUGUAUUGCUCUUGGGAAUUGACACUUUUCUGGAGCAAACUGCAGAGGAGAAUAGAUCCUUCUUUAGACUCCUUUUUGGAGAGAUGUCGUCAGUUUGGCAUCAUUGCUAAGACACUACAGCAUCUAUUUUUCUUGAUAAGAGUCAUACAAUCUGAAGCAGAGGAAGCAGGACUCGCUGUGUCUGUGUUGUUAUGUGUGAGAGCCCUUCAGAUCAGGACCAAUGGAAGUGAUGAGAUGAAGACAUCAGUGUGUAAAACAAUUGCAUGCCUUUUACCAGAAGACCUUGAAGUUAGAAGAGCCUGCCAGCUCACAGAAUUCUUACUUGAACCAACUUUGGGUGGAUUUAAUGCCUUGGAAGAGCUCUAUAUGCAGCCAGACCAAAAAUAUGAUGAAGAAAAUGCACUGGUUCCAAAUUCACUCCGCUGUGAACUGCUGUUAGCUUUGAAAGCAUAUUGGCCAUUUGAUCCUGAAUUUUGGGACUGGAAGACUUUGAAGAGGCAUUGUCAUAAACUCUUAGGGAAGGCAGCUUCUGAUUCUGAGGAUGAUGCAGGUUGUCAUCUGUCACUCCAUGAAACUGACCUGUUUGAAAAUUCCUUUAGUGACUAUGAUGAGACAAAAGAACACAGAUAUUAUGAUGGGAAAGACACAAUGAACCACCCUAAGGAAAAAGCAAGAGUAAAAAAACCAAUUGGUUCUUCAGAAAGAUACCAGAGAUGGCUUCAAUACAAGUUUUUUUGUGUGCUCUGCAAAAGGGAGUGUAUAGAGGCCAGGAUACUGCAUCAUUCUAAGAUGCACAUGGAAGAUGGUAUUUAUACAUGUCCUGUUUGCACAAAAAAGUUCAAGAGAAAGGAAUUUUUUGUACCACAUGUAAUGGAACAUGUUAAGAUGCCACCUAGCAGAACACACAGACCUAAAAAGAAAAUAAUUCUGAAAAAAGACAGAUCACCACAAAAGGCAACAGCUUCCAGCAGCCCACCCCCCACGUUUCCAGAAAGGCCUCACCAGGUACAGCUCCCUGAAAGCUUUGACGAUGACACACAGGAAUACGUCACGUUCAGCCAGCUGGAAAAUUGCCAGUUGCAAGACAGAGACAUCUACCCCUGCCCUGGGACAGAUUGUUCUAGAGUAUUUAAGCAGUUUAAGUACUUAAGCGUGCACCUGAAAGCUGAACACCAGAACAACGAUGAGAACGCAAAACACUACUUGGAUAUGAAGAACAGGAGGGAGAAGUGCGCGUUCUGCCGCCGGCACUUCAUGACGUCCUUCCACCUGCGGGAGCACGAGCGCGUGCACUGCGGGCCGCAGCCCUACAUGUGUGUGUCCAUGGACUGCUACGCCAGGUUUGGCUCAGUGAACGAGCUCCUCAACCACAAACAAACCCACGACGAUCUUCGCUAUAAAUGUGAGCUAAAUGGAUGUAAUAUUGUUUUCAGUGACUUAGGGCAGCUUUACCAUCACGAGGCGCAGCACUUCAGAGAUGCGUCGUACACCUGCAACUACUUUGGUUGCAAGAAGUUUUAUUAUUCAAAAACUGAAUUCCAGAAUCACCUUGCAGCACAUGAUAUCCAAGUGUCAAAUGGGGAAGGGAAGCAAACGCUGAACCUCGAAGGGUUGGUUUCGGAAGAAAAAUCCAGGUAUCUCCCAGAGUCUCAGCUGCUUGAACAGUCUGAAAAUUCCAAUCUGAAUGAUAACUUGGAUCCCUCAGGCUCUCAGGAAAUUUCCCAGGUGAAGGAAGAAUCUCUGUCUGACAGUGAAGAUCUAAUCAGUGAAAGGAAUUGCAGCCUGCAUUGUGGGGAGCACAGGGCAGUAAGCCCAGGUCAGACAUCCCCACAGCUGCUUGGAACAGUGGCUCACAACCAGUCAGUUCCAGGUUUUGUUGUGUCCCAGGAAGGAGUCUUCCAUCCAGCAAAUAUGAAACAACAGUGUUCCAAUGUGGCAGUUUGCUUUGAUGAAAAGAACCUUUCCUGUGGUUUUGAAGGCUGCUGUUCCACCCACAAAAAUUCCAGAAGUAUGCAAAAACACCUUCGAAGAGCCCAUCCAUACAAUUUUAAAGGUAAAAGAAAUAUGGAAAUGAAAACUAAAUACUUUCUUGAUCUGUUGAAUGAUGCUCAGGACAGUAAAUCCCCUACAGAUAUGAGUCCAGGUCAUAAUUCUGAUACAAAUGCUGACUCUCCAGAAAGCCUGGGUGGUUCUGUAGAUGCUAAAGGAAGUAGUGGCCUGAAGGAAGAAACUUAUCCUUCUUCCCCAGAAACAUCUUUUUAUGACAGUUUUAGAGAACCAGAUAUUGAAGAUAACAUGUUGGAACUAAUGUUAGGCUUGAAACAUCUAAGCUUAAAAAAUAGCAUUCAGAAUUCUUCAAGACAGAAGUCUUUCCUGGGUUAUUCAUCUAGGGAUGCCAAGUGCCCUGAGUCAGUUGAUGAAGCUACCUCAAAAUUUCACCUUCAAGAGCAAGAUGAUAACUUACCCAGCCAGUACCUUACUCAACUGGCAGCUAAACCAUUUUUCUGUGAGUGUCAUGGAUGUACAUGUGAGUUUGUGACCAGAGAAGCUCUAUUAAUGCAUUAUGUUAAAAAGCAUAACUAUUCAAAGGAAAUGGUUCUUCAACUAAAUAUGUUCCAGCAUCGGUAUUCACCGUUUAAGUGUCACAUUUGCCAAAGAUCAUUUACAAGAAAAACACAUCUUCGAAUUCACUAUAGAAACAAACAUCAAAUUGGCUGUGAGAGGGUGGCUCACAAGGUGUGUCCUAGUGAAAAAUUUGAUCACGUGGGUUUAUGUACAGAAGACAUGCACAAGAACAGCACUGCUGCAGUGCCUACAGACUCUGAACAGCUGUGUCACACAAAAAAGGAAGAGUGUUGUUCUGAGACUGAUUUGGAGUCCAAUGAAGAGACAGAUAAUGAUGUAACAAGAAAAACAUCUAAUAUAACUUCUCUGGACAGUCAUAGGGAAGAACUGGAAGCAAGACAGGGAAGAGGAAGCAAAAGAACAGUUGCUAAAGGGAACUUAUGUUACAUAUUGCAUAAGUACCACAAACCAUUUCAUUGUAUACAUAAAAGCUGCAACUCGGCAUUCACAAACCAGAAAGGUUUGAUUCGCCAUUACAGAACUGUUCACCAGUAUAAUAAGGAACAGCUCUGCUUAGAAAAAGACAAAGCAAGAACAAAAAGGGAACUUGUCAAAUGUAAAAAAAUAUUUGCAUGCAAACACAAAGAGUGUGGUAAGCGUUUUCUGUGUUCUAAAGCUCUUUCUAAACAUUGUAGUGACUUCCACAAUGAAAUCUUAGAGGAUCAAAAACUGCUUUCUGAAGCUGAGUCUGCCAGAUUUGCUUGUAACCAAGCCCACUGCCAUGCUGUAUUUUGUACAUUUAAUAAGCUUAAACGGCACCUAAUAGAAGAACAUGCCAAUGAAGAAAAAUUAAACAAAGAUUUUGAAAUCCAUUGUGACCUUAAUGGCUGCAAUCGAAUUUUCGCAAAUUACAGUCACUAUUCUCAACAUGUGUAUUUCAGACACAGUGAAUAUUAUGAUAGCCUCUUUGGAAAUCAGAGAGAGGAGGAAGAUAAUGAAGAUAAAAAUGAGGAAAAUUAUUUGAAAGACGGCUUUGACACAAGCAAGCAGAAUGGGAAGCAAUUAAAAGAAAAAGCUAAAGGAAUUAACAAAAGCAAAGAAAAGCAAUUGCUGAAUUUCAGAACAAAAGAGGAAGCCCUACAAAUGUGCAAAGAGAAGUGUAACCAGACCCAGUACCCCUGCAUGGUGCAGGGGUGCCUGUCUGUUGUCAAACUGGAAAGCAGCAUCGUGAGGCACUAUAAGCGCACACACCAGAUGACCAACGUGUACAUCGAGCAGCACCUUCACAAACUCGUUCUUUGUGUUAAAUGUGGCAUCAUGAUUGAAAAGCAGGCUCAGUCUUGCUCUGACACAGCUUCAGACUUGGAUAAAAAAGAUGUAGAAGUUAACGAGGAUAGAUCAGCCGAUUCUGAGCCUGUGCAGGAAGAUGAUGACAAACCCCUCGAUCCAAAGCCUGCCUGUGAUCCUCCAGAUGUGAGCAAUGAAGACCUGAAACAGUGCUCACCGAGUAGUGUGAAUUGUGAUGCCAGUGCCUUUGUGUGUUCAGGCACUUUAAAAUAUAACCACAAUUCCAAGAACGCCUGUUUUGAAGAGCCUAACACCACGGAGACAGCUGUGUGUAAAACUGAAGAUCUUUCUGAAAGCAGUGAAAGAGAGAAUAGCUCUUCUUUCUCCACUUUACAGUUAGAGUUGCCCAGAGAGAAAGACCCAGAAGGAUGUCAACAGAGUGCAGCUAAUCAGAAUGCAAAAAGAAAUGUACUUUGUGCUACAAAAGACAAAUUUCAAAAGCCUCCUGUGUCCAAACCGUUUGAUUUAAAGACAUAUAAACCAAUGGGAUUUGAGUCUUCAUUUUUAAAAUUUAUUCAGGAAAGUGAGGGAAAAGAUGAUGAUGAUGAUGAUGAUUGUGAUGAGGUAGUAGAAUGGGAGUCUCCUGAGCAGUUGCCAGUAGACGAAACAUUGCAAAAUGAGGGAGACAGCCAAGGGGAUACACCAGUAAAUAACUUUGUAAGUGAUGAAAAUGUAAUCAUAACCCCAAAUAAUCCUGGGCAGCUAACAGAGAUCCAGCCCUUGCUGUCAGAGUCCUCAUCUGCCCCUUCUUUAGAAAAUCUGAGGGCAAUCUUGGACAAGGCCCUAACGGACUGUGGAGACCUUGCCUUAAAACAGCUGCAUUACUUACGACCAGUAGUUGUUCUUGAAAGAUCCAAGUUUUCCACACCUCUCAUAGAUUUAUUUCCAACAAAAAAGGCAGAUGAGCUGUGUGUAGGAAGUACAUAAGUAGCUUUGCUUAGAGCAGUUAGCCUCCACUACUGCUGUACGGGGAGAACUUCAAAUUAGAACAGUAAUUGUUACAGUACACACUUUUUAGGUUAGUUUUGACUGUUUAAUUCCAUGAAUGUAUAAUAUCUGUCAAAAGUAAUGGCCAAGUUAAUUUAGCUCCCCAUUUUUUUCAAUGAACAGUGCUGAUUUUGGUGCUAUUUAACACAUCAGAAUACUGGGGGCUUCCUCUUGAAGAGUAAAUGUGCAUGAUUGUAUAUGGAACAAGUACUGGGGUACCAGGGUUUGGGGGGCGAUGGAGUUAUUACUUGACUUGAAUGUGCACCCCAGGGUGCUUUGUGUAACAUAUUGUACACUACAGCAUCUUAUAUUUUUUGAGUUAUGAGUUUCAAUAAAUUACAGUUUUUCACCCA